UCGAAACAAAACGUUUGUUGAUUAAAGCUAGCCGCCGGAGAGAGAAUUACUUCUAGGAAAAAAAAAAAAAAAAAAAAAGCGAGAAAGUCAAAUCCAUGGAGUUUGGUGGCUUAAAACCAUGUACCAGUAACUCCCCUGACUCGAGCCGGAAGCGCAACCGGAAGCGAAAACCGGCGGAGCUGGGGGAGAGUGACGGCUUAUCUGGCAAGAAGCUGAAGCGGAUAUCGGCUUUGGCCGAAGCUGCUGCGAAGAUCGAUCCUUCGCAUCUUGCGGAUUUCUUUGCCAAACCGGUUCCAUUAUCUGAUAUUCCUCAACCUAUCUAUAAAGCAUCAGUCAAUUGGAUCAAACAGCAUCCAUUUGGGGACCUCAGUCAUUUUGUAUCGUGGGCAAUUGAACGUAUUAUCCGCGAACAACAUACUUGUGGGGUGGCAGCAUUUGUUGCAUUAGCAAUGUCGGUGGAUCUCAUCCUGCAAUUGGUUGAGAAAAUUUUGUCGAAUCCAGAGUCUAGGACCAUACUUGUAAAUGGAGCUGUUAGGGAUGGAAUUCAGCUGAUACCACCUACUUCAUUUGAGAUCUUGGUACGGUUUACCUUCCCUGCUUCAUCGGCGAGAGUAAAGACCACGGAGAGGUUUGAGGCCAUUUAUCCCUUGUUGAAGGAAGUAGCUCUUGCACCAGGAAGCAGAGAGAUAUUUGGUUUUUCGUUGAAAUUAGCUGGAGAAGGAAAUCCUGUUUUAGCCAAGGAAGCUACAGAAAUUGCUAUCGGGCUAAAGAACAAAAAAGCCAUCACUGAAAGAGAAGCUCUUUGUUCUAUUUACAAAGAAGCUGACAAGUCCUGCAAAGUGAUCUUGGGGAGACUCUCCUCCGGAAGUGGCUACCUCAAAGGUAUAACAGCUGUAACUGCUGCUGGGGCUGUCGUUGCCGGAGCCGUAGCAGGAGCCGUUGCUACAGUAGUCAUUGGAGGAGCUACUGGAAUGGAAUAUUUCCAGUAGGUGUAAUGAGAGUUUAAGUUCUUAGAAUCACAAAGUUGGGAUCUGGGUGAAUGUUCAAAGGUCGCAAGCUUGUACGUAGAAAAAGCCUAAUUAAUGCUCUUCAACUAA